CACAUUUUAUUCUGAGAAAAGCAGCUUCUGUGAUGUCGGCAUCUGGCUCGAGUAAUUUAUAGACCGAAGUUCUGUGCACAAGGCACAUUUUGGAUUUUUCACGAUGAGCACCCAUGUGGAGAUUGGAAAAUCUGUGUGGAACUUUCUCACAAGCACGUACUUCCAGGUCAUGGCCCAGUACUUGGUUCACAGCGCACUGGCAAAUGCCAUCUUCUGGAUCAAGCUCGGCUUCCUCUGCUUGGCUGGAUUCAUUUGCUUUGUCUUUCCAUUGUGUUGGCCGCUUCUCUUCUACUGGGCCUACAAGAAGUACCAGACUUAUCAAGAAUCCCGCACAAAGCUGCUACCUUCUUGGACAGGCUCAGGAACUUUGGAGCAAAAAGUCUUGAAGGCGAUUGAGAAGAAUGAGCCUCCAAAGAAUGGCAACUUCACUAGCCGAGAUGGUCUGCGACUCCAGUGGUAUUCAGAGGGAAGCGGCCCCAAGCAGAUUCUGAUCUGCAAUGGAGUGAACUGCUCCUACUUGCUAUGGAAGCCUUUGCUGGAUUCUCUCAGUGACAGCUUCGGCAAGGAUUGGAGGGAGCAGUUGACCGUGGUCACCUGGGACUAUCGAGGGCUUUACAAGUCUGAGGCUUCAGCUGCAACUGCCAGCUAUUCAGUUCGAACUCUCUGUGAGGAUGCCUAUGACCUCAUGCAGCACAUGAAGCUGGAGAAAUGGGAUGCAGUUUGUGGUUGGUCUACAGGAGUGCAAUGUGCCCUGGAAUAUGCCGGACUUUACCCAGAAACCGUUGACCGUCUUUUUCUGGUGAAUGGAUCCCAUGGCCAUACUCUGCACACAGCUUUCCAACCAGUGCCACAGUUCUUCUAUCUGUCCUUGAUGUCCAGAAUUUUGUCCAGUGCCAUCUACUUUGUACGUUUCAAUGUUUGCACAGAUGCCAAGGAGUUUCAGAGAUUCAAGGCUCUCUGGGUGAAAUUGAUUGAACUGAUUUCACCCACCAUUCAGCGCCUGAAUGGCUUCUUGCUGGGUUCUGCCAGCCUCGAAUACACCAUGGCGUCCAACGCCUUGGAUCUCACCGGCCAUGGGCCGCAGCAUUGCAACAACGUGAUGCGAAUACUACAGGCCUUGGACAGCCAUUCCUCAGCGUACACAUUGCCCGAGUUGAAGGUUCCGGUCUUGGUGGUUUGUGGUCUCCUGGAUGCCAUGACACCAGCCUUCAGCCAGUACGAGAUCGCUGGUUUGGCUCCCAAGGUCAAGUUGGUGUCCAUUGCAGCUGGGACCCACCACUGUAUCCUUGAGGCUCCUCAAUUGGCCAGCAAGGAGAUUGUGGAUUUUUUUCAGGCUGAUCCAAAGAAAUUGGAGAAUUGGGGAGAAGCGGACCGGGUCUCCUGGCCCAUUGGAUGGUAUUUGAUCUGAGCCUGAGCCAUGUUCAACAGCUUGUUUUCCACACUCCCUCGGCUGCCGUCAGCUACUGGAGCCUUCUGUUGAGCAUUUGAUUCCAUGCAUUUUCGGAUGCAUUUUCAAGUUAUGUACAGCUCAAUAUAGUUAAAGCUUGGAAUAGACUGUUCCCGGGAUCGUUUUUGCCCUGGUGCUUUGAUGUGCUUUGUCGUGUACUCAACACCAGCCUCUGCGGUCAAAA